AUAGAAAUAUGAACCUAUUGCCACAUAUGAUGUGGGUGAUGAUAAAAAAACAUAUAUUAAAAGUUUGAAGUAGAUACAUUAAGAAAUUAAGAAGUUAUACAAAUACAACAAUUUUUUUUUAAGAGAUGGGAAGGUAAAUCUAAUAAUUUUGGUGCUAGAGUUGUGAACCUUGUUGUGCAUAAUCUCCAUAUCUAUCCAUAUUUCAAGUUUUUUUAAGAUAUUUUCAGUAUUUGUUGAUUUAUCACAAAUACAUGUCUUGUUUUAUUUGCCGUAUUGUACGACAUUUAUAUCAAAGUUAGCAUGAUGAAAACUCUGUCAGUUAUUUAAAUAAUGUGCAUUUCUUUCUAAAUUUAUUGUGUUUUCAAUAAUCUCAAAAACUUGAUUGGACAUGUCUGUAAAACAUUUUUUUAUAUACCGAUAAAAAUACAGUUAUUUAUCUCGUACAUGCAAUAUUCUUGAAAUCAUUGUUAUCUUAAUAAUUUCUUUAUUGCUUAAAUAGAAAACACUUUAUAUUUAAGUACUUAUAGUCCUUAUAGUUUCAUGUAUAUUGUUGUUGUGUUUUUUUUCAACAGAGGAAACAAUCAAAUUUUCUUAUAAAACAAUAGGAUGGAAAAAUGAGUUAUUUUCCUCUUCACAUCAUCAGAGGAAGUAAAAGUAGCAAAAUUUCUUUAAAUCUUGCGAAACAGAAUCAAUACAAUUCCUUUGAUUUGUUUCUGCGACAUAGUACGAAAUCAUCUUUUCAAAAAUGUUUCAAGAACCUGACUACAGAGAAAACCUAUCAUUGGCACUAUCAGAGGUUUUAGAUGACAUUGGUGUCAAUGAAAGAAUGGUGAUGAGAAGGAGAAGACAUUUAAUGCUGAGAGAAACUAUGGGUAAUAUCAUGUUCAGGUUAACUGAUAUAAACGUGACUAAUUAUCAUCUAGGGAGUCAGAGUGAAGGUACAACUACUAGAGGACUUCAUUCAGACAUUGAUAUACUAGUCUGUUUGCAUAGGUACAAUAUAAUACAAGACUGGUCACAGUGGGAACAUGGCAAGUUUAACUACCUCAUGAUACAGGAUGAGAACACUACUCCCGGGUAUUGUUUCUUACAACUGCUCCAUCCUUAUGCUCCAUAUCUUCCUGUCACUGUCAUUCCUGAUGAACACCAUAUAAAUGAUAGAAGUGGAAGAAUAUUAUUAAAAAACACAAGGUAUAAUGGUUUAAUUCCGGGUGCUAUAGAUCAUGGACCAUCAAAUGCUUUACAAGGACAGCAUGGAUACUAUGAUAUGGACAGUGUGAUAGCUUUUCAUUGUAAAUCAUGGCCUCAAUCAGCAUCAAGUUGGUUAGAUAGACAAGGUAUUGGUAGAUGGCCAACACAAGAGAUGAAAAGAUAUGCAGUCAGAACUGGGUGUUUUGUUGUUGCAACUGGAAGUAAGGUCAGUGAAUAUCCUGAACUUGAAUGGAGAAUAUCUACAUCCCUGACAGAAAGGUGCCUUAUGUUAAACCUAAAUAUAACACAAAUAAGGUGCUAUGUACUAUUGAAAAUGAUUCUUAAAUCCUUCCUUAAUCCUCAGGGGACAAUUAAUAUAUCAAGUUUCAUGUGUAAAACAGUUCUUUUACACUGUAUAGAAAACACAGAGUCAAGUAUAUGGAAAGAGAACAAUUUAUUUAUAUGCUUAACAUACUGCUUAUCAGAACUACAUAGCUGUGUACAGAAUGACCGUUGUUCACAUUUCAUUAUCCGAGAAAACAAUUUGAUGGCAGGGCAAUUUACAGCUGAAAAAAAACAUGAACUUUCAAAAAAUAUAAGCGAUUUUUUACAGAAUGACAGACAAAUGUUACUUAUAAUUGAUAUUGAUGAUCUUGGCUAUAGAUUGCAAGUUAAACUGAACAUGCUACCACACGGAGCAUAUUAUCAUCAAUCUUCUCAUGCAAUACAUGAAUUUUAUAUGACCGAAGAAUAUUUAAACACAGCAUUCACUGUAAGGGGGUCUCAACUGAGACUUUUACAACAUUUACACACAAAAAACAUUAGAACGAUGAAGCAUUGUAUAGGUAAACUAAUUACUUUCAAUGUUAAUGGAAAUAGAUUAGAACAGGCUGCAUUCAAGUUUCUAGCACCUUUUCUUUUUACCACAUAUGGAUCUAUCCUGGCAUCAUCCAGCAUUGGUGAAAAUAAUCAAGUGUCACCUCAAGCAUUGGUUUGGUUAUUAGAUGGAUUAAACUCAGAUAUCUGGAAUAGCAGACUUAAAUUGGCUUCAGUGUUCUACAGUACAGGAGAUAUGGAGAAAGCUGAACUAAUACUGACACACACUGAACAACAAUAUUACUCUUAUCCUGUUUUUCCUAUCUGUAGAUGCGAGGAUAUGCCUCCACCAGCAGUAACAGCAGAAUUCAAGAGGGUAUGUGGUGAACAAAGUGAGGACUGUAUUAAACAUAUAACAGCAUUUUGUGUCACAUUCAUACAGAAAGAGAUCAACUGUGUUCCUCAUGAACUACAAUAUGAAAUGUUUAGAUCUACACAAGAUGACAUGAUACACAGAGAUGAGGAUGAAGACUAUUGGAUGGACUGGGCUGUAGUUGAUUCUCUACCUUUCCUAUACUUCCUGCAAUACAAGAUCUACAGUCAUCUACAAAGACAUGAAGAUAAACAACAAGCACUAAGUAAACUUAUAAGAACCAUAGAAACUGAUAAAAACCUCAGACAUAGAGAAACAGCUCUCAACAUUUUAGGACAAUGUAUGGAACAAGAAAACAGACCUCAACAGGCAUUAAAUUACUACCUGCUUUCUCUUCAACAAAGGCAAAGAAACAAUGUAGCAAUCAUCCAUAUAUGUAAGCUCCUUUCUGGCUUAUUGGCAGCACAAUAAUAAGGGUUCAAAAUACAGUGACAGUAUUACAACUGAAGUUUUCAAUGAUUAUAUACUGAUUGUGUGUAUUAAACUGACUCAGAUGUUAAAAUAUAUACAUGUAUAUGCCUUUCAUCAUUCUUUCUGUUACAUUUUAGUCUCAAAUAAAACAAUCAGAGUGAAUUAACAACUACUAUGUGAUAUGAUUUUGUAUAUAUAAUCUUAUACUGUUAUAAAAUAUGAAAUAAACAAAAUAACUAGAACUCCACGAGUUUGCUCUGUGUCACCUUGUAAACAGUUGAGCUGUCACUUAAAUUAGGCAUUUUCUUCUUAAAUAUUGGUUAUUUAUAAACACUGCUCUUACAAUGUACAUGUACCUUUAACUUAAGUGGUUUUUGAACUGAUUGUAACAAUGUAACAUCAGGAUUAAUAAAACUGUAACAUUAUCAAAAAUAAAAAUACCAUGGAAAAGUUUUACACUGACAGAUCAAAUUGAGGACUCUGUGAUUGAUCCUUAAGCAUUGCACUUCAGGUCAAUGAAAAAAGCUUACAAACCAAAUUUGGAGUCAAUCAAACUUAAGCCUCGGUCUCACUUACUCCCGGCAGAGCCCAGGACCAUCCCAGUAAGUUACUGGAUGGUCCGGGAUGAAAUUAUUGUUGCGGUCACACUUACCCCGGCAGCACUACGGUAGUUCCCUACUAACCACCCAGGAUGCGCUCUGGAUCAUCCAGGCAGAGCCCAGGUGAAGCUACAGUUCAUGCCGGUGCUUCCCCGGUUGUUCCCGGAUGACGCCGGAAGAGCCCCGGUUGACCCAGGCAGAGCCCCGAUCGAUCCAGGCAGAGCCCCGGCAGAGCCCAGGACAAUCCAGGCAGAGCCCCGGUAGAACCCCGGUGGA